GAUUCAGAUUCAGUUUACAACGGAAAGCACAAAUCAACGGUCGUGAAAAUCGAGCAAAGCUCCGUGCGAAAAUCGCAGAAAUUCGUUGAACGAAAUUGAUUUCAGACGUGUGUUGGUGCAUUUCGCUGAACGCAAUCGUAUAACCAGUAUUAAAUAAAUAAAAUAACAAAGCAUUCGCAUAGCAAGUUCCUGAAGGAUAUUCCCAGAAAUAAGAUUAAAAGAAAAAAACCGCGCGUGUGUCUACGAUUUUUGAGAGUGUGUGUGAAAAAUCCGCCCUUAACAGCAGCCAGGAAUUCCGAAUCCCGAAGCUAAGCCAAGUCAAACUUUGAAGGCAAGCACGGACACUCCGCCGGGGCACUCCGCACGUUGAUGGCUGCCACGAAAAUCAUCGAUGCACCGCGCAACGGCCACGAGAUGGCGCCACUGAACACACGGGCCCGGGGCGAUGGCACCCACGGAGUGACCAUCGUCCUUACCGCCCCGCAGCGCAACUCCGUCCAGUCGGUGGACAUACCGGGCGGUGAGCCGGAACGGGCCGCCUGGAGCGGCAAGAUGCAGUUCUUCCUCAGCAUUAUCGGCUAUUCGGUGGGCCUGGGCAAUAUCUGGAGAUUUCCGUACCUGUGCCAGCAGAAUGGCGGCGGUGCGUUUCUGAUACCCUUCAUGAUUAUGCUGAUACUGGAGGGCAUACCCCUCUUCCUCAUCGAGCUGGGCAUCGGCCAGAGAAUGCGACUGGGCGCCCUGGGGGUCUGGAACACCAUCCACCCCUGGCUGGGCGGCAUCGGCAUCUCCUCGUGCAUUGUGACGCUCUUUGUGGCCCUCUACUACAACGUGAUCAUCACGUGGGUGUUCUUCUACCUCUUCAAUAGUUUUCGGUAUCCUUUGCCAUGGUCUUCUUGCCCCACCAACGGCACCGGAUUCGAGCUGGAGGAGUGCGCCAAGUCCUCGGAGACGACGUACUUCUGGUAUCGAACCACCUUGGAUGCGGCUCCCUCGAUGGACGAGCCCGGCGGCCUGAAGUGGUGGAUUGUCCUCUGCCUGCUUCUCUCCUGGACCAUUGUCUUCUUCAUCGUGAUGAAGGGCAUCCAGAGCUCCGGCAAGGUGGUCUACUUCACCUCCCUGUUCCCCUACAUCGUGUUGACCAUCUUCUUCAUACGGGGCAUAACCCUCCGAGGAGCGGGAGCCGGGCUGAUGCACAUGUACACGCCGAAGGUGGAGAAGCUGCUGGAGCCGACAGUCUGGCUGGAUGCAGCCACCCAGGUGUUUUAUUCCUUCGGCCUGGCCUUUGGCUCCCUGAUUGCCUUCGGCAGCUACAACACGCCCAAGAACAACUGUGUGAGGGACGUGCUCCUGGUCUCCGUCUGCAAUGCCAUUACGGCCAUCUACGCCAGUGUGGUCAUCUUUGCCAUUCUCGGCUUCAAGGCCACCGUCAAUGUGGAUCGUUGUGUGGACAGCAAUACGGAGAUCCUGGUGAAGAACAAUCUGCUGGAAGUGAAUGCCACACGGCUGGUCUACGACCAAACAAUAGCCAAGUAUAACACCACGGAAAUGGCCAAGUUCCAUCUGAGCGAAUGUAGUUUAAGCCAUGAAUUAGACAAUGCUGCUGAGGGCACUGGCCUGGCCUUCAUCGUGUUCACCCAAGCCAUUGUGGAACUGCCAGGAGCUCCGUUCUGGGCCGUCCUCUUCUUCACCAUGCUGCUAUCGCUGGGACUGGGAUCACAGAUCGGCAUCCUGGAGGGCAUGCUCUGCACCCUCUUCGACAUAGACAUUAUCAAGCGGGUUAAGAAACAGCAUGUCACUGGCGUGGUAUGUCUCUUCUGCUUUAUUGUCGGUUUCAUCUUCUGCACAGGUGCCGGGGAGUACUGGCUCAAGAUGUUCGACUCGUUUGCCGGCACCAUUGGCCUGGUGGUGGUGGCCCUCAUGGAGAUGAUAGCCGUAAUCUUUAUCUACGGACAUGAGCGCUUCACUGAGGACAUCUACCAGAUGACUGGCUACAGACCAGGUCUCUACUGGCAGCUUACUUGGCGGUACAUUGGCCCUGUGAUCAUGGUCUGCAUUCUGGUCUCUUCCGUGGUCUUUAUGGUCAUCAGGAAUCCCACAUACGGAGCUUGGAAUGCUGAUUUGGGUAUGAUCGAGCAAAAGGACUAUCCCAACUGGGUGAUGAUCGUUGCCAUCUCGAUGAUCCUGGCCGGGGUCCUGCCCAUGCCCAUUGUGUUCCUCAUGCGCAGCUUCCAGUGCCUCAAGGUGGACCUGGACAUACACCAGGGCUCGAUCCGCCGCAACGAGACAACCGCCUCCACCAAGGAGAUGAUCGACAAUGACGACGAUGACGACGACGAGGACGAUGAGAACGACUUCAGCGGCCCAGCGUUGGGCGGCCAUGUGAAGACCCAGAGCGAUUUCUCCGACGACGAGGAGGAGGACAAGCCGAUGACCAUGCGAAUGAUGAUGAUGCGUCCGACCACCACCACCAAGACAUCGAACGUGCUAAAUGUGCCAACAAGCAGAAAGCCCAACUACAAGAAGGACGCGUACGAUGUGUAGACAAGCCACAAAGCCCACUCCAAUAGGUACAGAUACAGCUACAGCUACAGCAGGAGACAGAUACAGAUACAGAUACAAGAUACAGGUAAUGGUCCAGGUGCGAACCGAAUCGAAAAAUGGCAAGUAAAAUAUUAACUCAACCGAAAUGUGAAGAGAGACGAGUGGGAGGAGGAGAAUGUAUGCCGAGCUGAGCGCAAACAUUUAUAAAUAUUUACGAUAAGUAUUUUAAAAUAAUUUAAAGCUAAGUCUAAGAGAACUACCAAGAUAAAACCCAAGGAGCUAAUUGAAUUCAAGUUCGAGUAACUAAAAAUUGUUAAACCGUAUUUUUAACACAGAAACUGAACUUAAGCCCAAUCUAAACGCAAAACUAAACUAAAUUUAAAGCAAAAACUAUGUACGAGUACAAUGGAAAAGAUAACAAAUAUGUGGAAGUCUAUUAACUAAAAACGGGUUGCUAAAGUUUAAAUUUAAAUUCGAUUAUGUAGCAUUUAGUUGGAAUGUUUUAAGCUUUACAAUUAGAAAUUCGAGCACACAAAGUCCAAGUAUUUCCGAGUCCCAAGCGCUCCUUAAGUCCCAGUCCCAGUCCCACCCACAUUCCUAUCCCAUUCCAAUCUCCAUUCCCAUCCCUUCGACUUACCAUCCCCUACAAAAUAAAAUAAAAUACUUGAAUGGCAAAAACGCUUCUUAGUCGACUUUUAGCCAGCGCAUUUCCAACGAGUUAAACUCAACAUUUAGUUUUAGUAGAGACCUGCCGUUAUUAUGUUUAUUUUUAUUUUUGACUUCAAGUACUUGCCCGACCUAUAAAUAUGUAGAAACAGAGUUACACACUUUACUAUUAAUUCAGAGAGGUUAAGCGCGUUGAGACACAAUAUAUUGUAUUAACACUUCGAGUUCUAGUUGAGUUGAACAAAAUACCUAUACUUACUAUACUGAUUAGAAAAUGAGAUACAUGGAAUGUGUGAUAUUCUAAAUAAUAUCCUCAAGUUCUAGGCGUUAAGGCACUCAUCUUACCCUCCCAAGCCCUAAGCUCCAAUCUCCCACCUCCAUCCCUCUAUUACUAUUAAAUCAGGCACUCAAUUUUCUAUUUCCCCCGAAACACUCAAGAGUAUUUUCCUAAACUGACAGAACUAAGCAAAUGAAAACAAAAACCAAGAAACCAAGAAAAAGUAAAAGAAAAAUAAACUGCUGUGAAUAGUGUUAGUGGUUGUAAAGUUCUAUCGAAGAAGAGAAAACCAUAAAAACCAUAAAGUCUAAUAUUUAACUAGUUCUUAAGCAGCACUCCAUCGUUAAGUUGAAUUUGAUCCGUCACUGAGAACUCUAAAACAUAUUUCCAAUUCGGUUUCUUCAAAAUGGUUUUCUAAUUUUUCAAAAAUAAAAACAAAAGCAAAAUGAAAAGGCAAAGACAUACAGCUAAAUCAAAACACAUGGAAUUUCAAAGUACUCAAAGUCAAUGCAAUGGAUGGACGGCAUAACGUUGAAGACAAUAAGACAAUUAUAGAAAUAUACUUAUGAUAUGGCCCGUCGAGUUUAGUGAAGAAUUUGUAGUAGUCACCGUGGCAGACGUGGCAGUUUUCCCCGCUAGCCGUACAGGAAUUUAAAAGCCAUUUUUUAUUGGGAGAUUUAUAUACUUUUUGUCAGGAACAUUUACAGAGUAUAAGGUCUCCUCCACCAAUCAGUUGAACCUCGUGUCCCUCCACAUCCAUUUAAUAAAUCAAAUCCUCGCAAAAUGCAACCGAAAACCAAAAACCAAUAAACCAAAAACCAAAUACAAAACAUAGUACCAAAUGCCUAAGUGUAUAGUUUACUUGUUUACCGACACUAUAUAUACGAGCAUAAACCUAUAUAUAUAUAUGAAAAGUAUAUAUAUACAGUACCGUACCUACAUAUUAAUCUAUAUACCUAGCUCUAUUAUAACUAUUGUACAUCAAUUAUUGUCGUAGUGCUAGAGCCCCCAAGGACUCGUGUAAAUUUGAAUGUAUUAAAAUCGAAAAACAAACAAAAAAACACUGCAAAGAGAUGAAUACUUAUAUGGAAAUUAAAUAUAUCGUACGCAAGAAAUUAUUACUAAUAAAGAUAUUUCAAGAUUAGUGCGUUAAGUUGAAGAAGAGCAAA